AUCUGCACGCCCGCACUCGCCCGAGCCGGUCAGGUCGGGGUGCCACCAUGGCUCUGUGCUCCGAGGGCCUAGACGAACUGCUCGCCGCCUGCCUGUCCCCAUGCGGGCCGCCCAACCCGGCCGAGCUGUACAGCGAGGCGCGGCGCCUGGCUCUCGAGGAGCUGGUGGCGGGCGGCCCCGACGCCUUGGCAGCGUUCCUGCGACGCGAGCGCCUGGGCCGCUUCCUGAACUCGGACGAGGUGCACACCAUCCUGCGCGCGGCCGAGCGGCCCGGCCAGGAAGGCGUGGCGGCGGGGACCGAGGACUCCUUUGGCUCGUCGCACGACUGCUCGUCCGGCACCUACUUCCCCGAGCAGUCGGACCUGGAGCCGCCGUUGCUGGAGCUCGGCUGGCCCUCCUUCUACAAAGGCGCCUACCGCGGUGCUACGCGCGUGGAGGCGCACUUCCAGCCCAGUGGCGUCGGCGCUGGCGGCCCCUAUGGUUGCAAGGAUGCGCUGCGCCAGCAGCUUCGCUCGGCGCGAGAGGUGAUUGCGGUGGUGAUGGAUGUUUUCACAGACAUCGACAUCUUCAGAGACCUGCAGGAAAUAAGUCAGCAGCAGGGAGUUGCUGUAUACAUCCUUCUGGACCAGGCUGUGCUCUCUCAGUUUCUGGAUAUGUGCAUGGAUCUAAAAGUUCAUCCUGAGCAGGAAAAGCUGAUGACAGUUCGGACCAUUACUGGAAAUACUUACUAUGCAAGGUCAGGAACUAAAAUUGUCGGGAAGGUUCAUGAAAAGUUCACAUUGAUUGAUGGCAUUCGAGUCGCUACAGGCGCCUACAGUUUUACAUGGACAGAUGGCAAGUUAAAUAGCAGUAACUUGGUCAUUCUGUCUGGACAAGUGGUAGAACACUUUGAUCUGGAGUUCCGAAUCCUAUACGCACAAUCAAAGCCCAUCAGCUCCAAGCUCCUGUCCAACUUCAGGAUCAGCAGCAAGUUUGACCACCUAGUUGACCAGAAACCACUGUCCAAGGAGCUCACAUUGGGCAACCUGCUGCGACUGCGGCUGGCCAGGCUCUCAAGCACCCCCAGGAAGGCUGAGCUGGAGUGCGAGGCACCUGCCGAGGGCAUGGCAGAGGUCAGGCACCGCGAGACUGAGUCCUCCACCAUCAGUGAGGAAGAAUGCUUCAGCAGCCCCAAGGAUGAGCCGGAGAGUGGAAAGGUGACCGAUGCUGCCACUCAGACAGAGCCAGGAGAGGAGAUGCCAGCAAGUGUGAGGGAUGCAGAGACACAAACAAGCACCACAACAGCGUGUACUGGGACCCAGACUGCAGUCGCCACCCAGGCAGCAGAGUCCCAGACGUGCGUGGUUGAAUCCACGUCGGCCACCACGCAGACUGACGCAGACGAGGAUGUUCUCUUUCCCCAGGGAAGCCAGUCUAAGGAAGGGUCACCAGUCUCAAGGAUGUCGGUGUCGCGAUCUUCCAGUUUGAGGUCUUCCUCCUCUCUGUCCUCCCAAAGCUCCGUGGCAAGCUCCAUCAGCUCCCCGACUUCUGUCAGAGCCACUGACUUCGUUGCUCCUGGUCAUCCCACGUACUGGGGCACCCCCCACUUGGAUCUGUGCUUAAGAGACUCAUUUAGAAACUUGAAUAAAGAGCGGCAGUUUCACUUUGCUGGUAUCAGGUCCCGGCUCAACAACAUGCUGGGCAUGCUCUCAAGGAGAACAUUCCUUACUGAAAACUACCUCAGUUUUGAUUCUGGAAAUUUUACCAGAGCGUCAGUUAACUUGGUGGCUAUUAGAGAUAUCACACUUUAUCCCUCCUUUCAGUGACUGCUCAGCAUUCAGAGUCUGCUGGUCUCAUCUAGGCUCGUAGCAGACGUUCCCCGAGCAUCCUGCUUUACAAAGUGCCUCUUGUCCUAAUUGCCUUUCUUUCUCCUGACUUUUGAUCAUCUUGGUUUUCUAUGAAUUCUAUAAACUGAACAUUAUUUUACAUACUUUGUUUUAUUUUAUUUUUGCCUUGUAUAAACUAGGUAUUGGUUUUAUGGUUUUGAACACUAUGGGUACAGUUUCUUUGCACGAUUUUAGUAUUGAUAUCUCUUAAAGAGAAUGUUUGGGGUUCUCAGGUUAACUCAGGAUGUGUUUUGCAUUUUUUCAGAAUUGUGUGCUCUUCUGUUUUAGAGAUUCAAACCACUGGCUUUUAUGAUCAACAUCAUUUUUAGAAAAAACUGUUUCUUAGUUGUCUGUCUCUUUAGGAUAUCAAUGUCAUUAGCAUUAAAUAAAUAUAAACAACUUU